AUGACGACAGACCUCGAAUCAAGCAUCACAACGCAUCAUCUGACUGUUCCACCUCCAUCGACGGCAGGCGAAUCCUCUUCAAUCCCGACAUUCCAUUUCCACCUGACGAGAUUGAAAGGGACCUUGAUGAUUUGGAUUGGAACGACAACAUCGCAGCGUAUAGGCGAGGAGGUAGAUGAGCCUGAGUCAGGAGCCGGAAGCUCCUCGAAUAUGGAAAGGAGGCUGGCCAGUGAUUGGGCCGUGGCCAUGCCUUCGCGAGGGACUAUUCCGGUAUCCUCUACGUCAAUCUACCAGACAUCUACGACCUCCAUCGCGGUAUCCAUGUCUCAAAGACUGGCUCCUGCUCCUCUCAUCAUGCACGUUACCUCCGCUGAGACCUCCCUCUUAGCUCGCAAGUACCCACCCCAUCAGAUCCACCUCUCCCUAUCGCUUCCUCCCGGCUUGACAGCUUCUUCAGGAACAUCGGUCGAUCCAAUGGCCAGUCGGAUAUUGCUGUUGAUGGAGAAAAAGCUGUGUCUGUGGUUAGACGGGGUAUUGUGA